AUGGCCAAAGGGAGACGCUUCAAGCCACCUUUCGACAAGGACGGAAGAUGGUUCCCCCACAUUGGACUAACGCAGAAGACAUGGGAAUCCAUCACCAGUGCUAUGUUAAAAGAGCCCCACAACCCACAUUUCUCACAGCAAAUAGAGAUGAAGCUACCGCCAAUCUACAAAGUCCGGGAGAAGCAAGCUGUCAAUAAUAACUUCCCCUUCUCCGUACACGACAAUCGGUACAGCUGUCAGAAUUUUGGACACUUCCUUGACUCCGGCAUGGGACGUAGGAAGAUCUCCCCAGAAAAAAGGCAACACGUUUCAAGAAAUUUCAAUCUUUGGGCGUGUGACUAUAUUCCAUCUUGUCUUGAUGGCUUUUCCAAUAACCAAAUAUCAUAUGUCUAUCAGGAAGCUGUGGUGGUCCCAAUUUUCGGACGCUUUCCAAGACAUUAUAGUGAGAUAUGGAGCACUUUCCAAUUUAUUCCCGAGCAAAGCUGUACAAAGGUUUUCAAAAAGAAUCCCAAAGGAAGGGUUGCUGUCGAUAAAAAGGCUGGUUCUCCACUGGAGCUCUAAUCCUUCCAGAAGAUUCUUGAUGAGUUUUGUAAUAUUGGUAUUUCACUGGACAUUCUGAUCAAGCACAACCAUUUAACACAAGAUUUGUUUAGAAUUAGAGAUUGUAUCUGCCUUGAGGCUGAAGUUUUCUUGUAGUAACAUAGAGAUGAACGUCCCUCCAUUGAGAAACCAGAAUGGCAACAGACUUGCUACUCCCACCUUUAAGACAUUUUUAUGAUUUUUAAUAAGGCUGAAAAACAUUCAAGUCCUUAUAAAAUAAAGAUAUGUGAAGAUAUAUACAUAUUAAAUGAAUGUGUUUUAAAUGAAAAUGUGUUUAAUGAAUUUUAAAAUUGCCACAUUAACUUUUGGGGGAGUUAUAAAAAUGACAUAAUUAUUAUACUGUUACAUUUUCAUCUUGAAAUUUCAAACAAUGCCGAAGAAGUAGGAGUCCCCAUUGGUUUCAUCACAUCUCCAGGUC